UCUUUGCUGGUAAGGCAAACUUUCCCGGUGGCGUGCUUUUUUCAUGGAUAAACCAAAAACAAACGCAACUGCUUUGCACAAUAUGGAUGCCUUGCCCAAGCCAGGACUACAAGAGCCGCAUUGUUAGCAUUGUAUAAUACUUAAACAAGUAUUUAAGCAGUGAAAGCAGGGAACUAUGGAAAUCGAUCGUGUUGUUGGCGGUGUACGUCACCCUUCAGUAACUACAGAUGAAAUUCUAGAGGCAAUGAAAACAUUUGAAGUUCGCCAAGAUGAUAUUUGGGUAAUCACAUAUCCAAAAGCUGGGACCACAUGGAUGCAGGAAAUAGUCUCUGUUCUCUUGAAUGGUUGCGAUUUUCAAAAAGCAGAUGAAAUAGAUAUCAGGCACCGAUAUUCUUUCUUGGAUAUUGUACACCCGGGUCACGUGUGUCCACAUGUGAAGGCUGCAAGCAAGCCAUCGCCUAGGCUUAUCAAGACGCACCUCCCAAGCCACCAGAUGGCAAGUGAAAUCAUCACAAAGAAACCUAAGAUUGUGUACGUUGGAAGAAACCCGAAAGAUAAUGCAGCUUCGCUCUUUAAUUUCCACCAUUCAUGUAACGUUUUAAGAACUUAUGAAUCCUGGGAUGUGUUUUACAAAGCUUUCUGUGCUGGCGAUGUUCAUGGUGGCUCAUGGUUUGAAAUGAACCUUUACUGGUGGAACAAGAGGGAUGAAGAUAACAUACUUUUUGUCAAGUAUGAAGAUAUGAAGAAGGAUCUUGGCAGUGUUGUCUUGAAAGUAUCCGAGUUCUUUGGUUGGGAGAUUCCUGAUGGAAAACUAGAAGAAGUUGUUAAACACUGCUCCUUCAGCAGCAUGAAACAGAAUCCAAAGACUAACCACACGUCCAGUGAAUGGAUGAAGUCUGCCUUUAUGAGAAAGGGUGAAGUUGGAGAUUGGAAGAAUUAUUUUAGUGUGAGCCAGAGCGAAGAGUUUGACAAACUUUAUGCAGAGAAGAUGAAAGGUUCUGGACUGACGUAUCAGUAUGAGUUGUGACACCAGCAGUAGUCAUAAUAUUCAAUUUAUAGAUCCUUUUAAAUUUAUAUUUUUAAAACUUCAUUAACAGUAAUUAUACAUCAGUGUACCAAUAUACUCUGCAAUGUUUUAGAGAAGAAAUGAAAAUGACAAAAAAUUGCAAUUUUUAUUAAUACAAGGUAAGGUUUUGGUACUUAACUAACUAAACUAAAACAAUAAAACAUUAUGACUUAAGUAAAAACAGUAUUAUUUUUUUUGCUGUAUGAUUUGUCUCAGACAACUAUAUAAAUUAUAUAUUUAUAUACAUUCAAAUCUUUUACUACC